AAGAGACAGCGACAGGAAUGCAGCGGCAGGUGGCGAUAGCGGUCGCGGCCACCGCCAUGGCUGCGCUCUUGGCUCUUGUAGCUGUCAAUGAGAGAGGAAGGAGAAGUCCAUCCGCCCUUCUUGCGGCAAGGAAGUCCGGCCUCUAUGGAUACUAUCCUUCCGGAUAUGAUUAUCAGUACCCUCCCUACGGCGGAUAUCCUGGAGGAUAUCCUUACGGGUACCCGUACAGCCCGUACAAUCCCUACUACUCCUCCUACUAUGCAGAUGGGGACCCCUAUGGUUACUACAACGGCUAUCAGUAUGAGUAUCCCUACGGCUAUGAUCAGUAUGCGUAUGACAACGCAUAUCAGCAGUACAUGGCUAACGAGCAGCAGAGGCAAUGGCAAGAAUAUGCAGCCCGCCAAUAUUACGAUGAUUAUGCUCGAUAUUAUGCGGACUAUCCCUACAGCGACUACGAUGACUACUACGAUCGCAUGAGGGAAUGGUACGAGCAAGUUGCCGCCAACGCGUCCUCAACCAAGAAGCUGUACGGGAGGGAUAUUCUCAAAGUUGCAAAGAACACUCCCAAGCUGGUGUACCUCGGAGACCUGGAGUUUGGGGGAUACCGCAAGGAUAUCACGGGGGGCAACGACGGAGGAUUUAACGCACCUUUCGACUUGAACGGUGACGGCCAGGAGGUCGACAACUGGGCAAAGGUCACUACCCAGUGGAAGCACAAGAAGGGUCAGCAGCGCCUGAAGCAGGCUCGCAUUCAAGCGCUGACCUCUCCCACCGCUCCUGCUGAACCCGGGCCCUUCGCUUCCUGGUCUGCAGACUACAAUCCUCUCGGAGAAACCUCUGACAAGAUCCCCUCCAACGCAACUGGGGCAGAAGAUACAUCGCCUGAAGAACUGGUUUGGAAACAUGGAUUCGGGUGA